GGGUGGAGGAGCGAAUGACCGACGUGCCCCUUUGGCUUUUCCCUGAGUUAAUAUGGCUGCGGCCGGCGAGCCACGGGGUCGCGAGUGAGGAAAAGAGGGGAAGCUUUCCCUAGGCUUUGGCCACGAUCCCGUCAGCGAUGGCGCUUCGGUCACGGUACUGGGAGUUGUUGUCGGUUUGCAGGAACCCCGGGCGUGGGGUCUCAGCGCUCUCAACCAGCUCCAAGCCAGAGGUGAAGCCUGAAGUGGACCCUCUGGGCAAUGAAGCUGUUGCCCCGGAGUUCACCAACCGGAAUCCCCGGAAUCUGGAGCUCUUAGCCGUGGCCAGGAAGGAGCGGGGUUGGGGGACAGUGUGGCCCUCCCGCGAGUUCUGGCACAGGCUGCGAGUUAUAAGGACUCAGCAUCACGUAGAAGCACUUGUUGAGCAUCCCAACGGCCAGGUUGUGGUUUCUGCAUCCACACGUGAAUGGGCUAUUAAAAAGCACCUUUACAGCACCAAGAACGUGGUGGCCUGUGAGAGCGUAGGACGUGUGCUGGCAGAACGGUGCUUAGAGGCGGGGAUCAAUUUCAUGGUCUACCAGCCGACUCCGUGGGAGGCAGCCUCAGACUCGAUGAAGCGACUUCAGAGUGCUAUGACGGAAGGUGGCAUCAUGCUGCAGGAGCCCCGGAGAAGUUAUGAGUGAAGGGGAGGCCCUGUUUGGAAUGUGUAAAUAUCAAGCGGGGAGCUGUUCCAUCCUUCAGAAGAGCAUCUGGAAGAACAGCCAACUGGACAGUUUUAUGCAAGAAUGUAACUGCAGAAAGAUGUUCACAGUUAAGAUCAGCCCCCCAUUCCCUUGUGUGUGUGGGGCUAACAUCUUAGAGAAGUGUCUGAGAAAAGCUGUCACCUGUUGUAAUUAACUUUUGAAGGACAAAUUAAAUGUUUGUAAAUUAAAGAAUAAAGGCAUAU